GCCAUAUUUUAUUAGGUUAGUCACACACAAAAAGAAUUCCGGUGAAACAUUACCCAAGAUAAGUCUUAAAGUCACAUAUAUGUUCCAUCUUUAUGUGGAUACCAAUUUUGAUUCCCUAAAGAGGUAAGUUUCCCUGAAUCACAAUGCAUGCUCACCAUACGGAGUCGGAUCGCAUCGUCCAUGGCGUGUGGGACAAUCCGGGUGUCUCGAUCUUCGCCACUGCCGCCCAGGAGCCCAUCCCCAACAUGCUGAGCCACUUGAAGCCACUGCCGAAUGGCGACGAGUGUGUCUCUGACAAGGAUGCGUGCCGCCUUUUCUCGCAAUCCUCGGUGGCGGAGAACGCGCUUUACCGGCUGGUGAAAUUCCAGGUGGAGGAAGUGGCCGCCGAUCGCUACAGUAACCUGCAUCCACGCCAGGGACAGGAGCAAACCGAUGUGGAUAUUACCCUGGGAUUGGCGGCGGAACUGCAACGCCAGCAGGUGGAGGCCAGCAGAUGCCUCCAGCUGCACCGCAAUGUGGACAACUUGAGGGAUCUCGAGAUGGAGGUGGCCCGGGCACACACUGCCCUGUCGGUGAAGAACAAGAUCAUCAACAAUAUCAAACAGACGGUGGAGGAGAAGCAGCGGGAGCGGGCCGAGGCUCUGGCGGAGCAGCGGGCCAUCGAACAGGAGCAGCUGGAGGAGAAGCGGCGAAGGGUGCAGAAGGCAACUGCCUUUCGCCACGACCUCAUGGCCCAGAUUACGGAGGCUCGGGAGAAGCGGCUGAGAGAUCAGCGCGAGGCCAUCGCAGAGGGACGUGAGGAGCUGCGGGAGUGCAAGAAGAAGGUGGAGCAGGAGGCUCUCCGGGAUGCAAUCAACAAGGUGGAGCAGCGCAAGGUGCUCCUGGAGUCCCUCGAUCAAUCGGCGGCCAUGUUGAAGGAAACUCGCGAGGCCUACGCUUUGGCCCAGAAAAAUAAACCAGAACGGGGAGUUCUAGACGCAUUGGGACCCGUGACAGCGGCCUAUGUUUCGAGGGCCAGGAAAAGACACCGGGAGGAGAUCGAGGCCAGGGACAUAAAUGCCGCUCGACUGGGCUUCCAGCUCAGCCAGAUCAAGCACGAUCUGGAAUCCAGGGAACAGCUGAUGACCAACCUCCUCAUCCGCGAGUCCAAGGCCAAGGAGAACGCGUUGGCCUUGGAGCAGGCCAAAAAUAAGAUGGCCAGGAAGCAGGAGAUCCGCGAACAGCUGCUCAGCCAGCGGGAGGAGCAAAAGUUCUUCCGGGACAAGGCCGUGCAGGAUUCCCUGAUCAUGCCCAAGGAUCCCAUGUGCUUUGGCGAGCGGCAGUUUCGAAUGCAGGUGGCCCAGAAGGAGAACACCCGGCGAUUGGAUGUCCAGUGCUAUCGGGACAUGGCCAAUAUGGUGGUGGAGGGCAAGAAGCGACGGCUGGCCGCCGCCCAGGAGGUGGAGGACAUCCUCCAGGAGCUGCGCAAUGUGCAGGCCCGCCAGGAUGAGUUUGUGGCCUCGGAGCGAAUGAAGCUGCUCUCGAAACAGCCAGGCGAAGUUCUAUCGGCGCUCAAAAAAUCCAUUCUAACCGAAGAGGAGAUCAAGACCUUCAACAUCAAGAAGUGAU